AUGUACAAAGUCUUCAUUCGGAUCAUAGUCAGCAGUGUGUGGAAGGACCUGGCACUAACCAUAGUUAGAAACAAGCUGGUUUUCAUACAAGGUACGUUCUUUAACCAGAGGCAUGUGUUCCAGCAGACCACGGAGAAGGGCAACGAAUACCAUGUUUUGCAACUCCAUCGUAGCUGGUCCCAAGUCCCGAUGAGAGGGUUUGUGACCGAGCAACAGUUCUUAAAACUAGUCACCUUUUUUCGUUGCAUUGCCACUGUCGGACAUCACACCGACUUGGUAAUCGACCGGGUUAAACAAGGACCGCGCAGUCUGUUGGGAACUCAAGCAGGCUGCGAAAAGUUGGCUAGGGGAACCUGCUCCCCCCUUCCGCCAGCUGAAAAUAUGGCCCACCACGAUAGUGGAGUCCUUCUCUUCGACUUGUUUUCGUCAGCGGCCACGCCACAGACACAAUUCGACGUUCAGCCACUCUUCUCUUCGGCGUAUCCUCUGCUUCUACUGAUGACCAACAGCGUCGUCAUUGGAUCGGCUCAGCGAUUUGUGGACAUCCGAAUGGACGUUUGUUGCCAAAGGAGACCCCUGAUGUACUUCACCCCAUAUAACAUCGAGAACGGCUUCCGGGGCAACGUUCGGCAGCAUCAUGGUUGCCAUCGAUGA